UAUAAAAUAAAUUCUGCAAGGCACAAAUAGAAAUUCAUUCUGAACCCAAUACAGGAGUUUAACUAUAAAUUCUCUCUCUUACUAAACUCCCUACAAUAUGCUUUGAUAAUCCCAUUCAGAAACCACUUUCUUCUUUUUCGUGACAUAAUCCAUAAUUAAGACAUAAAUAUAUUGUAAGUAGAUGAUUUAAAAAGUGCAUUUAGUUGAGGCUGGCAAGUCUUCCAACACAGACUAGUCAAUGAAAGUAACCAAGGAUGCUGCUGUUUCCAACAUGGGUUGGAUUGAAAGAGAGCUUUGAGUAGAAAGCAAGCAAAACAAAAAGAUAACAAAUAUUAAAAAAAAAAAAAAAACCUAUUUUGAUUUUUCCCAAUGUCAAGCAAGCAUAUAUGCCAUAACAUAAUUUAUAUAUACACACACACACACACAAUAUAUAUCAUACUCAGGUAAGUAAAGCAACUGUACAGACUGCCGCAAGAAUCAAUCUUUAUUUCACCCUACGCUACUUGGCUAAUUUAUAUAUCCAUAUAUAUUAUUAACUCCUACUUGUUUGUUGUGGGAUCUUCAAGUUGUGACAGUGUGAGUCAUGGAAGCAAGCCCAGGUCAUUGCAUAAGAGCUUGCAUUCGGCUAAUUCUCUAUCUGUUAGUCACUUCCACCUUUUUCAUUCAUUGCGAGGGACGACAAUCAAUGGCAUUGAUCAGAGGAGAUUCAGCAAAGAAAUUGAGAGCAUUCAAGCACACAUUUCUAGAACAAGUAAUGGAAAAUUUAAACCUGGUUCAGUCUCUGGACUCAUCCAACACCCAACCGUAUGGUGUGAGUUCUCCAUUUAAUCUUCCUCCGUACGACUCACUUUCUCCAAUUCCAUUGCCGCCUUACUGUGUUUUUCCACCACCAUCAUCAACCACUCCGACUCCAAUCCCUAAUCCGCCGCCAGCGCCGUUUUAUUUCGUCCCUAAUCCGCCGUCCCCUGCAACUUAUACGCCCAAACCACCAUCCGCCGUGCCAUCUCCGACCGUGUUUCUGCCGCCGAUCGUGUAUCCGCCGCCGACAGCGCCGCCGCCUCCUAAUGUGGCUCCGAGCUUAGCGCUGUGGUGUGUGGCGAAGCCGUCAGUGCCAGAUCCAAUCGUUCAAGAGGCAAUGAACUAUGCUUGCGGAUCGGGAGCUGAUUGCGAUUCGAUUCAGGCGGAUGGACCGUGUUUCCAGCCAAACACGUUGUUUGCGCAUGCUUCAUUUGCUUUCAAUAGUUACUGGCAAAAAACGAAGGGUGCAGGUGGAACCUGUGAGUUUGGAGGAACAGCCAUGCUCGUCACCGUGGAUCCAAGCUAUGAUGGGUGCCAUUUUAUGUACAUAUAGUAUGUGAAGGCCAACAACUCUCUCUAAUUUUUCUCUUAAAUAAAGAAUUUAUUGUUUUUGGUUAUGUAACUCUAGUCAAUGAUCAUAAAUUUUGUAAAGAAAUCUUCUAGAAUUUGUUAGUUAGGAAU